AUGAUCGAUACGAUGCGGUAUUGGGUGUUUGAGGACGAAAUGUUAUCAAGGACGGUUGGCGGUGCUUAUCAUCCAUUGAUCCAUUUGGCCUAUGAGGUCGAGUUUAAUUUGCCUAACGUCGCUGCCGAACAAGCAUUGGCAAUGGCAGCUUCCGCCACCAUAGAGAAGAAUAACAACAACGGGUCGAAGUGUAUCGAUGAAAUUAUUAACGCUAUCCGUACAAACUUUUACUUUGACGAUGCAAUCGAAUCUCCUGGCAAGAGAGAUACAAACGAGGUAUUUCGACGCAAAGUAUUAGCAAACCCAGAGACUGUGACCAAACUACGAGAAUAUGCAACCCAGUGGCAUUUUAAGGUGUAUGGAAGCCCACCAUCAUCAUUGUCGCCGUUGGACGAUGGUAGUUUGUUCCUCAAAGCAGCGCAGGUCACGGUGGAUGUCACCGGUAAAAACCCAGUUGCUGCCUCGGCUUGGAACUUUCCGGGCGUUGGAUUUGAAGAAACAUGGGUCGAUUAA